AUAUGAAUCGAUCUCAUGAAUGAACGUGCGGUAUUGCUACGUCUUGCGGUGAUCCUCGACUGUGUAAUGUGUCUCUUGCAUGAUUUAACGUCGGCCUUCUCGGCAUCACGGGGUGGACCCACUUAUAACAUAUUUCAUUUUUCGUCGCGUCGCUCUAUUUUUGCGCCCACCGGUUUUCUAGCUGGUUUACCAGACGCGUUGGAUGUCUUUAUACCAGGCCGGAAAAGCCGCGGCACUUCAGGUAUCCGUCGUCCGCCGUGCUAGAUAUCCGUCACCAUGGAGGAAGACGAGCAGAAGAUGGCCGUCAUGCGAAAAGCAUUUCAAAUGUUCGACACGACGAAGAGUGGCUUCAUCGACACGUUGAAGAUCUCGACGAUAUUGAACACGAUGGGACAAUUGUUCGACGAUGCCGAGCUGAACGCUCUGAUCAAGGAAAAUGAUCCGGAGAACGUCGGCAAAGUGAACUUCGACGUCUUCUGCAAGAUCGCUGGACGAUUCUUAGAGGAAGAGGACGCCGAAGCGAUGCAAGAGGAAUUGAAGGAGGCCUUCCGUCUGUACGAUCGCGAAGGGAACGGAUACAUCACGACCGCCACUUUGAAGGAGAUCCUCGCUGCUCUCGAUGACAAGCUCACUAACGCCGAUUUGGACGGUAUCAUUGCCGAAAUUGAUACUGACGGAUCGGGCACAGUUGACUUCGAUGAAUUCAUGGAGAUGAUGACUGGCGAAUGAUCGAUGCUUGAUACACGUAACAAAGCGAAGACAAUUAAACUAUUGUUUUAUUAUUUUCUCUAGCGCCUUGAGAAUUUGUUAAUAAAACGAUGAUUUCAAA